UGCAGACCUGCGUGCUCGCCAGGCGCUGGCGCGGCCUCUGGAAGUCCAUGCCAAUCCUGCGCAUCACGAGCGAGGGGAGGACGCUGAACAGGCAGGGUGUCAGGAAGCUCAACAAGUUCGUGAACCACCUGCUGCUCCUCCGCGACCGCAGCGCGUCUCUGCACACGUGUGAGAUACAACUCAGUACUUUCCGGAGCCAGGAUGUACCCGAGGUUAACUUAUGGAUCCGACAUGCUCUGUUGUGCCAAGCUCAGACCCUCACCGUCCACCUAAGCCAUGAUAACAAUAUCUUUGAGCUGGAGGACCUGCCUCUUGUCUCAUGUCACUUGACGAGGUUGGAUCUUUGUAAUGUUGUGCUAAAUGACCACAUUCUUAAUUUUUCGGGCUGCCCAGCACUGGAAGAGCUACGGAUAGAGGGUUGCUACACCCAUGCUGACAUGAUCAUGUCCCACUCCCUAAAACGGCUGACCAUCCUUGACUGCAUAUUUUAUCUAACGACACGUGCUCGAAUUUCUGCCCCAGGCCUCGUUGCACUGGAAUUAACUGAGUUGUGGGGGAGAACUCCUUUGCUUGAAAGCAUGCCAUCAUUAGUAACAGGGUCAAUUAAACUUGCCGACUGUGAUGAUUAUUGUGCUAAAAAAGAUGGCGGUUCGUGUUUCAGUGAUAAUGAUACCUGUGAAAUUUGUGGUGCCAAUAAUGAUGGCAGCGGAGAUUGUGUGAUUCUCAAUGGUUUGUCAGAGGCUGAAAGCUUGGACUUGACAGCUGAACCUUCUGUGUAUGUUUUCAAAAGAGAUUUGAUAUGGUGCCCAACCUUUAGCAAGUUAAAGACCUUGUUAGUCGGUGAGUGGUGUAUGGAUGCCAAUCUUGGUGCGCUCAUGUGCCUUCUUCAGCAUACACCUGUGCUAGAGAAGCUUACCAUCCAGCUUAAUGAGUCACCCAGCAUUCUAACGGGAACUGAAGGAAUGUACAAGUCGACAGGACAACCCUUUGCAUCUAACACACCCAAGGUACUUGAAAUCAAGUGUGAGAAGAUGGAUGAGAGGGUUCACAAAAUAUUAACGUUCUUGAGUACCAAUGACAUACAUAUUGAGGAAAUCAAUAUCGAGCAUAGUGUUGGAUCUUCUGAAGGAACCGGGAGCUGGACCUUCUCAAGCCUGGACUCGGCGCGUCUUGCCCUUGAAGAACGCUCAGUUGAAGAGCAUGUUUGAGCAUGUUGCAGUCAGGCAGGAGCAGAUCCUAGAGCAGCACCAGCAGAUCCCAGCGCAGCAGCAGCACAUCCAGGUUCAGCAGCAUCAGAUCAUAAGUGGCAGCAGCACCUCGUGACUCAACUCUUGGCCAAUUUUUCAUAACAUUCAGCUUCCGGUUCUCAAAAGACUCCGCGACCAGCUACUCCUAGUGCUGCAGGAGUGCAGGGUCAACUCAUACAGAGCGUCUUGACUGACUGCUGCACAUUCAUAGAUGCUUUGGUCCUCCAUUUUCAAUGCAUGUUAUCUAGUCUCUCUGCACAUAUCUGUUUAUCUUGUCGGACACCGUCGUACGACAUGCCAUACCAUGUUUUCUUAUAUAGAUAUAUCUGUUCACUUUUAU